GUGGGUAGGAGCUGCUGUGGCGGCAGCUUGGAGCUAUCUGCAUUCGGACGGCUAUCGGAAUCCAUUGGUAAGGCUGAUAUGGAUCUUCGGCUCGGCUAUUGACACAAGACAACGUCUGUACUGUGCGGUUGACAUUCUUGUGUCAUUAUGAUCCUGAAGGAACCACCAUGAGUGUAGAGAAGACGCAUAUCUCGGUCCCAGUAUUGCUACUGAAGACCAAAUCUACUCCUGCGGACGGAUAUGAGGAGCAUUUCAAUGCGUUGGAUGAUGGAAUAUAUCAGCCCAUAUUCAUUCCAGUGCUCGAGCACCAAUUCAAGAAGACUGUAUUAAAAGAGGUGCAACAACUGAUUGAGACAAACGCUUUCUCAACGUCACCGAGCCCCAAGUAUGGAGGCCUCAUAUUCACAUCCCAACGCGCCGUCGAAGCAUUCGCCGAAAUCGUGCAAGCCAUCCGCACUUCCUCCACAGUCGAUCUCGACACUCUCCUACCGUCCAGCCUACCGCUUUACGUCGUUGGACCGGCAACCGAACGCGGACUGAAGUCCCUCAAUCUCCACUGCCCCAUCCUGGGCCAAGAAACCGGGAACGGUGAUGCCUUGGCCCAAUUCAUCCUCGACGACUACAGCAAACGCUUCCCUCAACCCGCCAAACCAGCGCUCCUAUUCCUCGUCGGCGAGAAGCGGCGCGAUAUCAUUCCCAAGACGCUCUCCACCGCAUCCAUGACUGUAACAGAGCUCGUGAUCUACGAGACGGGCGAGAUGGCUUCAUUCCGGUCCGAAUUCACGUCGGUCUGGCAAACCCACCGGGAACGAGGCGUGACGACGCAAUGGGUCGUUGUAUUCUCGCCGACCGGCUGUAGAGCAAUGCUGGAGAGUUUGGGGCUUAUUGACGCGGACUUGGGUAAGGCGAAUCCACUGAGUCUGAUGAGCAGUGCGGAGAAAAAGCAAAAUAUGUAUAUUGCUACGAUAGGCCCCACCACAAGGGACUACCUGCGGGCGGAAUUUAGUCUAGAGCCGGAUGUAUGUGCGGAAACGCCAAGUCCGGAGGGUGUGGGUGCUGCGAUUGCGGCGUUCAUGACGAGGUUAUGAGCAGUGCAAGUGCAUACAUGUCGAUGGCAGUGAGACAUCAUCUACAAACAGAAUGGAGUGCCCUUGCACAAUACGAGCAUCCGAAAUAGGCUCACGUGAAUACGCGACUUGAUAUAUCCUGUUCGGGGAUCGCGUCGAUCGUGGACGCGGGUGAGCGAUGGAUGACGUCUACGUUU